CGUAGAAAAUAGCUGCUGCUGCACGAGGGAGAGUACUUCUAACAACUUCUGUCGGUGGGUCUCUCGGUGUGUGUUUUGAAUUGUGUUCCUUGAGGAGCAUCCCAACGAGCCGUACAUCGAGGAAAUGUCACCCAAUCAACCGCUGCCGCAGAAAGAGAAUGCGGUCUUCAAGAAAAUUCUCCGCUGCUACGAAAACAAGCAGUACAAAAAUGGUCUAAAGCUCGCGAAGCAGAUCCUGUCGAACCCGAAAUAUGCCGAACACGGUGAGACGCUCGCCAUGAAAGGCCUGCUGCUCAAUUGCUUGCGACGGAAAGACGAAGCGUACGAGCACGUAAAGCGCGGUCUCAAGUCUGACGUCAAGAGUCACGUUUGUUGGCACGUUUUCGGGCUACUGCAGCGCUCCGACAGAAAAUACGACGAGGCCAUCCGGGCCUACCGGAACGCGUUGAAAUGUGAUUCGGACCACAUACAGAUCCUGCGAGAUCUUUCGCUGUUGCAAAUCCAGAUGCGAGACCUCGAGGGCUACAAAGAAACCCGUCACAAGUUAUUCACCCUCAGGCCGACGCAGAAAGCCUCAUGGAUAGGUCUCGCGAUGAGUUACCACUUGCUCGACGACCACGAAAUGGCAGUCAAACUAAUUGAUGAGUUCCUGAAAAUCCAGAACAAAACUUCGUACGAUUACGAGCAGUCGGAGCUUCUGCUCUACGAGCUGCAGAUAAUUUUCGAAUCGGGAAACUACGUCGAGGUAUUACAACGAAUGGAUCACAAUGCCGGCCUUAUCUACGAUAAGCUGUCUCUCAUGGAGAUGCGAGCGGAGGUCUAUCUGCGUUUGGAGAAGUUCGACCUGGCCGAGAAGCUCUACAACGAAUUGAUCACCAGGAAUCCCGAAAACAAGGCAUUCUACUACGGCAUGAUGAAAGCGCGCUGUCUGGACAAGGACGAAGACAAAGUAGCGAUGCUCGAAGAAUUCAGCAAGAAAUUCCCUCGAGCGCAAAUUCCUCGACGCCUGCCUCUCAACAUGUCAUCCGGAGAGACUUUUCGAUCCUUGGUCGACGACUACAUGCGACGCGCGAUCACUAAAGGAGUCCCGCCGCUUUUCGUCGACCUCAAGCCCCUGUACGCUGAUCCACAGAACGUGAAAAUCAUCGAGGAACUAAUCGAAAUGUACCUUCAGAACCUUGUCAUAUCGAGCACCUUCGAAUCGGCCGGGGGCGACGGGGCCGAGCUCCAGCCGGUGACCUCUGUCGUCUGGACUCUAUAUCUCGCAUGUCAACAUUUCGACCACAUCGGAGACACCAAACGAGCGCUGGAACUCGUCGAACGAGCGAUCGAGCAUACGCCCACGCUGAUUGAACUCUACCUUGCGAAGGCUAAAUUCUAUAAACAUGCGGGCAACAUGAUCGGAGCCGUUCAGUGUUUAGACGAGGCGCAGGCGCUCGACACGGCAGACCGCUACAUCAACUCGAAGUGUGCCAAGUACAUGCUCAAAGCAAAGCUCCUCGACGAGGCCGAAGCGAUGUGCGCGAAAUUCACCCGCGAAAACGUCUCCGCCAUGGAGAACCUGAACGAGAUGCAGUGCAUGUGGUUCCAGACGGAAUGCGCCAAUGCCUAUUCAAAACUGAAUCGAUACGGUGACGCUCUGAAGAAGUGUCAUGAGGUCGACCGCCACUUUGUCGAGAUCAUUGAAGAUCAGUUCGAUUUCCAUACUUACUGCAUGCGCAAAACAACACUCCGCUCGUAUAUAGGCCUCCUGCGACUCGAGGAUGUCGUCCGCGGACAUCCGUUCUACUUUAAAGCAGCACGUAUCGCCAUAAAAACUUAUCUCAGACUGCAUGAUCAUCCCUUGAACGACAAGAAAGCCGAACAAGACCAGCUCGAGAGCACUUUGUCGAAGAGCGAACUCAAGAAGUUACGCAGCAAGCAGAAAAAGGCUCAAGAGAAGGUUCGACAGGACGAGAAAGAGAACAAAGAUAAGAAGGUCGCUAACGAUGAUGAGAAACUCGAGGACACACUGAAUCCCGAGAAACUUGAGCGCCCCGAGAAUCCCCUGGAGGAGGCGAUUCGCUUCCUCAAACCCCUCCAGGAGCUCAGUCCGAAAAAUAUCGAGACGCAUCUCCUGGCCUACGAGAUCUACAUGCGGACCGGGAAACCUUUGCUGAUGCUGCAGUGCCUUAAGAGGGCUCAUCGUCUUCAGCCUGACCAUCCGCAGCUCCACGUCUGCUUGGCGCACUUCGUCUCGAAAGUUGCCAACCAAGACCUCACCGGUCCGGUCGGAGCUGUUGUCGAGAAACAAUUAUCUAGUCUACUCUCAGGGAAGCAGAAGAGCGCCAAGGAUUUGAACAGCGAUUUUCUCCAGCAGCACCGAGACUCGUAUGCGCACGCCGUCGCGGCGGCCACCGUACUCUACGAGCUGGAUAAAACGAAACAAAGCGAGGCCUUGAAGCUGCUUAAUUUCGAAGCCGACCCCCUGAUCAAACAUGGUGUCACCAGAGAGCGUUGUGAGGAGGUCAUGGAGCUCCUUGAGAGCGGAGCCUUCGGAGCUAUUGGGGAUGCCGAAUACCUGAAGGCUUUCAAGAACAGCUGUGCGAGGAGAUUUCCGCUAGCAGAAGUCUUCCAGGCGACUGGCGUGAUCAGUGCCCCACGUCCUGCGUCCGCGGACGCCACAGCCGAUCGACAAAUAUCACAAGAUGUCUAGAAUUUAGGAACCAAUUGGAGGUGGUGGAUAGUAGCGGACCGGUAGCUCGACGAGGGAAAUGUCUACUUUUGUACGGAAGCUUCCGGAAAACUUUUUCUACCUGCCUCAGGGCGUCCUCUAC